AUGCGUCUAAUUAUAAUUCUGCUUGCGAUUGCCCUCUGUCUGGUCCUGGCGGUGGCCAAGGAGGAUUACUAUAAGAUCCUGGGGCUGGACCGCUCCGCCUCGGAGCGGGAUAUCAAGCGCGCAUAUCGGACGCUGAGCAAGAAGUUCCAUCCGGACAAGAAUCCAGGCGACGAGACGGCGCGUGAGAAAUUCGUCGAAAUCGCAGACGCCUACGAUGUGCUCUCCACAUCUGCCACGCGGAAAAUCUACGACCAGUACGGCCACGAGGGAAUCGAGCAGCACCGGCAGGGCGGGACGGCAGGACGCCCUGCGAACGACCCCUUUGAUCUGUUCUCGCGGUUUUUCGGCGGCGGCGGACACUUCGGGCAUGCGCCGGGCCACAGGCGCGGACCGGACAUGGAGAUGCGGGUGGGGCUGCCGCUGCAGGAUUUCUACAAGGGGCGGGAGAUCCGGUUUGGGAUUGAGAAGCAGCAGAUCUGCGAUGCCUGCGAGGGGACGGGGUCGGCGGACCGGCAGGUGGUAACGUGCCCCAAGUGCAGUGGGCGGGGAAGGAUAAUCCAGAAGCACAUGCUUGCGCCGGGGAUGUACCAGCAGGUGCAGAUGCCGUGCGACGCGUGCCACGGCCAGGGCAAGACGAUUAAGAAGCCAUGUCCUGUGUGUGCGGGGCAGCGGGUUGUGCGGCGCGAGGUGGAGACGGUUGCGACGGUGGAGCCGGGCAUGGACAAGGGUACGCGGCUGGUGUUUGAGAACGAGGGCGACGAGAGCCCCGACUGGGUGGCGGGCGAUCUGAUCCUGGUGCUGGAGGAGAAGGAACCCGAGCUGGCGGCCGACCAGGAGCGCCGCAACGACGGCACGUUCUUCCGGCGCAAGGGCAGGCACCUGUUCUGGAGGGAGGUGCUCUCGCUGCGGGAGGCGUGGAUGGGCGAUUGGACGCGCAACAUUACGCAUCUGGAUGGGCAUGUCGUGCAGCUGGGCCGCAAGCGCGGCGAGGUUGUCCAGCCGCUUUCCGUCGAGACGGUCGAGGGCGAGGGCAUGCCCUUUUACUCCGAGGGUCAUUUGCACGAGCACCACGACCACGAUUCUGAGCCGGGCAACCUGUACGUCGAGUACACCGUCGUCCUGCCGGACCAGAUGGAGAGCGGGAUGGAGAAAGAUUUCUGGGCCAUCUGGGAGAAAUGGCGCAAGAAGAACGGGGUCGAUCUCGGCAAGGACAGUGGCCGGCCUAUGCCUUCAGAGGGCAAAGAUGAAUUAUAA